AUGGCUGAUGAAUAUCAACCUUUGGUUGGCCAUGAUGGUCAGGAAUCGGUCUCCGUCAUCUCUCGUCGCAAUAAAUUAGUAGUCAUGGUGCUGAUGUCCACUGUUUACUUCUUAAUCUCAUCAGUCUAUGCUCUGCUCUCGCCCUUUUUUCCACAAGUGGCUAAAAGCAGAGGUGUCUCUCAUACUGAAAUUGGUCUUAUUUUCGCUGUAUAUCCAAUAUUUACUCUACUUACUUCCCCCAUAUGUGGAAUUUUGUUACCUCGCAUAGGUGUCGUCUUUGCGUUAUGGGCUGGAAUAGCCAUCGAAGCAGGCUGUAAUAUUCUUUUUGGAUUUCUACCUAGUGUGCUAGAUCGUGGACUGUUUGUGGCGUUUUGUUUAAUUAUUAGAUCAAUUCAAGGCGUUGCGUCUGCUUGUUCUUUAAUUGCUGCCUUAGCCAUCGUAUCAUCCGUCUUUGCUGACAACGUUGCAACUGCCACGAGCACAUUAGAAACAUUUAGUGCUUUAGGAUUAAUGGCUGGACCCCCUAUUGGUGGCCUACUAUAUCAGGCUGGCGGCUUUAAACUGCCAUUCAUAGUGCUGGGGUCAGUUUCGCUGGUCAUUGGAUGUAUUUCCAUCUUCUUCAUCCCUCGAAUAGCAUAUGCUACCAGCUCACCUCCGUGGCGCUUAAUGAAGCAACUAAUUGUACAUCCUAGAGUUAUGAUAAUAAGUUUUGGGGUAGCUUUACAAAUGCUUGUUAUAGGUUUCCUUGAUCCGACACUAUCGCUCCAUCUAAAACCGCUUAACCUAACAACAUCACAAAUUGGCUUUAUAUUUCUUGCUCUACCUGCUGGUUAUGGAUUAUUCAGUCCAGUAUUUGGAUACUUAUCCGACCGUUUUGGAUACCGACCAUUUAUAAUCUUUGGCUCUAUCGGAAUGGGUAUAUCUCUACUAUUUGUUGGACCAGCUCCAUUUAUUCGGAUUAAGUUAUCUAUAGGUCAAUCUGUUCCAUCUCUACUAGCACUAGGAAUUGCAGGCGCUGCUGCUAUUACGACAUCAUUUGCCGAUAUCCUAGAAGUUGCAAUGAAGGAUUUGACGAAUGAUAAUCCUGAUGAAAGUAGUGAUUUUGUAAUUCAUUCCGUAGUUUCUGGACUUUUUACGACGGCUCUUUCUCUCGGCCAAGUUGUAGGACCCAUCGUAGGAGGGAUUUUCACUUCCUUAUCUCAAACAUCAUUUGACCGAACAGCUAUGGGAAUAGGCUUUGCUAUCAUGACCCAGGAAUAA